AUGGCUUCCUACCCGGCACUGACCUUUGGCGUAGAGCUGGAAUUCGUCAUUACUACUCGCAAGGAACAUAUGAACAAUAAGGAAACGUACCAGGCUAUAGCAGAGCUCUUCUUGAGGAACUUGACGAAUCCACUGCCUUGUGCCUGCAUCUACGGAAAAUGGAGUAAAUAUAGAGGUACGGCCCAUCGGUACCCAGAUGGGAUGCUACUCGAUAAGGCAGACUGGAAAAACUACUACUGCUUCUCCGGAGAUAGCUCCGUUGUUAUUGGCACCAAGGAGAAGGCUCAGAAGGACACACUUGGGAAAAUUGCUAUCGGUCUAGAACUUUCCACCCGUGCCCUGAACUUCGACGAUCAAGGCUGUCCCGAAUUCGACGCCACCUUUGCCGCAAUCAAAGAUGGCGGUAUUCCGAAAAACACCAAUAUUUCCGAUAAAUUCGAGCCCUCACCUACUCAAACCGCAGGUCUCCACGUUCAUAUCGGUGUCGAGAACGGUCUCGACCUGGAAACCGCCAAGAAAGCAGCUAUCCUGGGAUGGCUUCUCGAGCCAUGUCUCUUCUCUCUUUGUAACGAAGAUAGGGGCAUGACAUUGUCAAACGCACCAAUCAGAAAGUAUUCGAUCCUAGCUCAGACAAAGUUUGAUAUUGCAGAACCCGACAUUAUAGAGGACGCUCCGGGCGACAGUGAGGUCCCCGAAGAAAAGAACAUAAACGUUACCACGGAAAAUAACAUAGAGACCCCAGAGGACCAGGGUGUAGGGGUCGCCCAAGAGAAGGAUGAUACGAAGAAUGAGCAGCCCCAAGAUAUCCAGCCCACGCAUGAGAAAGAGAGUGUUUCCAACGAAGAUAUUCCGCCAGGCGAAGACAGUAUAACACUUGAACCAACCCAGGAUAAAUCCGCACCAUCUUGCGAGGGCCCAGUCACUACGGAGCCUAGCGACGCAAAUAAUCCUUCGGAGGAUAAGGUCGAACCGACAAUCCCAGACCAAGAAGAAGACACCCCCGACGGCCUUCCAAAGGAGUUUUCUGCCAAGGAGAAGACUUGGAUUUCAGCCAUUUUUGGAGCAAGAGACAUGGGUGAACUCGCAGAAUUAUUAUCUGGUACUAAUGUAAACCUAAUGAACAGACGGCUGGCUCUAGCUAUCUAUAACCGAGAGAAUGAUCAAAGCACUGUCGAGUUUCGUCAUUUUCAGAGUACGAUGGACGCGAACCUCGCUUGGAAGUGGGUUCGGAUCGCAGCAGCCUUUGUUCGAACUGCCUCGAAGCCGGUAUCCGAGUACAAAGAAAAGCUCCAGCUAAUCGCCUUUGAGUAUAGACUCAUGAAAUCAAAAUGGAAACAACACUUACGAGAUCGAACUUUCCAGAGAGAGACGGCGGACCCAUGGCUGGACAGUUGGAGAUGGAUGCUCACAAUAUUGGACCUAGAAGAUGACAUAUCCUUCUGGGAUGAUUACGUUGCCCAACUUCCGGAGAGAAAUACAACGACUUAG